AGAGGCAUCCAUCUUCCCGGGCCAGCCGGCGUCUCCUCACCGAGCGGGGCCCGGGCGAGAGCGAAGGGUACGGGCCGCGGCACCGCCCCUCCCGCGAGCUCCGCUCCUCUUCGCCGAGUCCCGAGCCGCAGGUGAGGCCGCCGCCCGCCGCUUGCUCUCUGGGCGCGGGGAGCCGCGGGCCGUGAGCGCGCCGGCAACUUUGCGGCCGCCGGGGGCGCGGCUCCUCCCGGUGCGCGUGCGAGUGUGCAGGGCAGCGGCGGCCUCCUGGGGGCAGCAGCGGAGAGCGGGACGAGGAGAAAGAGGCAGCUCCGGCGCCCCGUGGCCCAGGAGGCAGAGGCCCCUCGCGGCGCCGGCUGUCGAGACCUAAACUCCGCCGGGGCUGCACCCAGGACGCGUUCGAACGGCGCAGCGGCCGCCUUCCCGGCCGGCAGCGGGGACUCGCUCUAGGAUUACGUUUCCUUUCGCCUGCCCGGGAGCUGGCAGCCGCCUUUGCCGACGGGGGAGCGGCGGCCGCGGCAGCAGCAUCCCGGCCCGGGUGGGACCCCCCGAGCGCCGGAGCCGGCGGCGGGAGCAGGAAGGGAGGGUCGCGGCGCCCGCCCUCCACGGCCGGCCCUGCCCCGAGCGCCGGGUGCGGGUUUCUAACAAUGGUGCGGAGCGCCGGCGCGAACCACGCGUCCGCCCCGCGGCCGUAGAGGAAGUGGCCGGCUCCGGGUGGGGUGGGCAGGGAGACGCCCCCCGCCGCUCGCUCGAAGGAGUUUGCCUGCGCGCCGGGCCUCUCCGGCCCCGAACCCGGCUCCCCGCCGGAUCACCGACGGCAGUCGAACCGGAGAGUAUGGUGCCAGCGCCCGGCUUAAUCUAGUCUCCGGCUCGCUGCUUCUUUCCGCCUCCUCGUCUUCCUCCUCCUUUACCUCCUGUCGGAGCUGCCUCUGGGUUCCCGGUGUGUGGGAGUACAACUCUCUGCCUCUCCAAGGAGACCGGUUUGUGACAGCCUAACAGAACUUGCCCAUUGAAAGCAAACCCAGAACAGCUGGAUAAUGUCCACUCCGAGCAGAUUCAAAAAGGACAAAGAGAUCAUAGCCGAGUAUGAAAGUCAAGUCAAAGAAAUUCGAGCUCAGCUGGUAGAACAGCAAAAAUGCCUGGAACAGCAAACAGAGAUGAGAGUUCAGCUUCUCCAGGACCUGCAGGAUUUCUUCCGGAAAAAAGCUGAAAUUGAGACGGAAUAUUCUCGGAACCUAGAGAAGUUAGCAGAAAGGUUCAUGGCAAAGACAAGAAGCACUAAGGAUCAUCAACAGUACAAGAAAGACCAGAACUUGUUGUCUCCAGUGAACUGCUGGUAUUUGCUUCUGAACCAAGUGAGAAGAGAGAGCAAAGACCAUGCAACCUUGAGUGACAUCUACCUGAACAAUGUGAUUAUGCGGUUCAUGCAGAUAAGUGAGGACUCGACCAGGAUGUUUAAAAAGAGCAAAGAGAUUGCAUUCCAACUUCAUGAGGAUUUGAUGAAGGUCCUUAAUGAACUCUAUACGGUGAUGAAAACAUACCAUAUGUAUCACGCAGAGAGCAUCAGUGCAGAGAGCAAGCUGAAAGAGGCUGAGAAACAGGAAGAGAAGCAAAUCGGAAGGUCUGGGGAUCCCGUCUUUCAUAUCAGACUGGAAGAGAGACAUCAGCGGCGAAGCUCUGUAAAGAAAAUUGAAAAAAUGAAAGAAAAAAGACAAGCAAAGUAUUCAGAAAAUAAGCUAAAAUCGAUUAAGGCACGGAAUGAAUAUCUCCUAACCCUUGAAGCAACCAAUGCCUCAGUUUUCAAGUAUUAUAUUCAUGAUCUUUCAGACUUAAUUGACUGCUGUGAUCUUGGCUACCAUGCAAGUCUGAACAGAGCCCUGAGAACAUAUCUCUCUGCAGAGUAUAAUCUUGAAACUUCCAGACAUGAAGGUUUAGACAUUAUUGAGAAUGCAGUUGACAAUUUGGAGCCCAGGAGCGAUAAGCAGAGAUUCAUGGAGAUGUACCCUGCCGCAUUCUGUCCACCAAUGAAAUUCGAGUUUCAGUCUCACAUGGGUGAUGAGGUGUGUCAGGUCAGCGCCCAGCAGCCGGUCCAGGCAGAGCUCAUGCUCAGGUACCAGCAGCUGCAGUCCCGACUGGCCACGCUCAAAAUCGAGAAUGAGGAGGUGAAAAAAACGACCGAAGCCACCUUGCAGACCAUACAAGAUAUGGUCACCAUAGAGGACUACGAUGUCUCUGAAUGCUUCCAGCAUAGCCGCUCCACAGAGUCUGUGAAGUCUACAGUCUCUGAGACCUACCUGAGUAAGCCCAGCAUCGCCAAGAGAAGAGCAAACCAGCAGGAGACAGAGCAGUUCUACUUCAUGAAACUCAGAGAAUAUUUGGAAGGUAGUAAUCUCAUCACAAAGCUUCAAGCCAAACAUGACUUGUUGCAGAGGACCCUUGGAGAAGGUCAUAGAGCUGAGUAUAUGACUACAAGGCCUCCAAAUGUUCCCCCUAAGCCCCAGAAACACAGGAAGUCCAGACCCCGCUCACAGUAUAAUGCUAAGUUGUUUAAUGGGGAUUUGGAAACAUUCGUCAAGGACUCAGGACAGAUUAUCCCUCUCAUUGUGGAAAGCUGUAUUCGGUUCAUCAACCUCUAUGGUCUUCAGCAUCAGGGGAUUUUCAGAGUGUCUGGUUCCCAGGUGGAGGUCAAUGAUAUUAAAAAUUCAUUUGAGAGAGGUGAAAACCCUUUAGCUGAUGACCAGAGUAACCAUGAUAUUAACUCAGUGGCUGGCGUUCUGAAGCUCUAUUUCCGUGGGCUGGAAAACCCCCUCUUUCCUAAGGAAAGAUUUAAUGAUCUGAUUUCUUGUAUCAGAAUAGAUAAUCUCUGUGAGAGGGCGCUUCACAUCCGCAAACUCCUCCUGACCUUGCCUAGGUCCGUCCUUAUAGUGAUGAGGUACCUCUUUGCCUUCCUCAAUCACCUUUCACAGUACAGCGAUGAGAACAUGAUGGACCCGUAUAACCUGGCCAUUUGUUUUGGCCCCACAUUAAUGCCUGUCCCAGAAAUACAGGAUCAAGUGUCUUGUCAGGCUCAUGUGAAUGAAAUUGUCAAAACCAUCAUCAUCCACCAUGAAACUAUUUUCCCAGAUGCUAAAGAGCUGGAUGGCCCUGUUUAUGAGAAGUGUAUGGCUGGAGACGACUACUGUGACAGCCCAUACAGUGAGCACGGUACAUUGGAGGAAGUGGAUCAGGACGCUGGUACAGAGCCCCACACCAGUGAAGACGAAUGUGAGCCAAUAGAAGCGAUAGCCAAGUUUGACUACAUGGGGCGAUCUGCCAGAGAACUGUCCUUCAAGAAGGGGGCCUCCCUGCUGCUGUAUCACCGGGCGUCUGAGGACUGGUGGGAAGGCAGGCACAACGGCAUCGAUGGGCUCGUGCCGCACCAGUAUAUUGUGGUGCAGGAUAUGGACGAUACGUUUUCAGACACUCUGAGCCAAAAAGCUGACAGCGAGGCCAGCAGUGGGCCAGUCACUGAGGACAAGUCUUCAUCCAAGGACAUGAACUCCCCAACAGACCGGCACCCUGACAGCUAUCUAGCCAGACAAAGAAAAAGAGGAGAGCCACCCCCUCCAGUCAGGCGUCCUGGCAGGACCAGUGAUGGCCAUUGCCCCUUGCACCCACCGCAUGCUCUUUCCAACUCCUCAGUUGACCUGGGGUCCCCAAGCCUGGGAGGUCACCCCCGGGGCCUGCUGCAGAACCGUGGCCUCAACAACGACAGUCCUGAGAGGAGGCGCCGGCCAGGCCACGGCAGCCUGACCAAUAUCAGCCGGCACGACUCCCUCAAGAAGAUCGACAGUCCUCCUAUUAGAAGAUCCACGUCAUCGGGGCAAUACACAGGCUUCAAUGACCAUAAGCCAUUGGACCCAGAGACAAUUGCUCAGGAUAUCGAGGAGACGAUGAACACUGCUCUGAAUGAACUGCGAGAACUGGAGAGACAGAGUACAGCAAAGCAUGCCCCCGACGUGGUGCUGGACACCUUAGAACAAGUGAAGAACGCUCCCACCCCGGCCACGUCUACGGAAUCUCUCAGCCCUUUGCACAACGUGGCCCUCCGCAGCUCAGAGCCGCAGAUCCGACGGAGCACUAGCUCCUCCAGUGAUACAAUGAGUACUUUCAAGCCCAUGGUGGCACCGAGAAUGGGUGUGCAGCUGAAGCCACCAGCCCUCCGGCCAAAACCUGCUGUUCUUCCAAAAACAAACCCUACCAUAGGACCUGCCCCACCUUCCCAAGGUCCAGCAGACAAGUCUUGCACAAUGUGAAGACCAAGUGGGCAAGGUCAUCUGGGCUGGUGAUUUUAAAAGAAACAGGUCACUGACAAAAGUCACUGAUCCAUAACUUUCCUUGUGCUUAUAACUGGAGAUUUUUGGCUUUUCUAUGUUCUCGAAUGUAAUGUCUGAGACUAGCUAAAUUAACAGGGGCAUUUGUAUUUUGUAAUUUUUUUCCUUUUUUUUUUUUAAAUAACUGGACAUAUCUAUGUCAUUUUAAAGACAAUAGAAACACUUAGAUUUACUUGAAAAUCCAAUGCUGCACCAUUUGUAAUGAAGGCAACACCGCUCCAGCCUCCACGUGGUAGAGUGCUUUGGGCUUAGUGUAGUGUGGGUGAGUCAGAAACGUCUGGAUCCAAAGGCAUGAGAAUCGGAGUUCCAGGCCCCGGUGUGAAACCACUGUUGGCCUGCAUGGCACUUGGGGUAGUAGCUGAAAGGUUGCCAGUGGCAUUGUUAGGUAGCUGACCGUGAGCCCCUCUGCCCCGUGCAGUGGGACGUUCCCGGGCGAACUUGCAGUCCACCGCCUGAAUGAGUUGGAUGGUUGCCUCUUUCAUAAGAGCCAUUUCCCUCGGGUCCAGGUUAAAAGCUCAAAAGAAUGGGGUCAAAAAAAAAAAAAAAAAAAAAAAAGAAUGGGGUCAGAACCCCUGCAGUUACUGCUUGAGCUAAAC